UUGCUCUGUCCUGCGUUCAUUCACCAGAAUGCGCGCCUAGUUGAAGGAGGUUCUCCGCAUCCGCGUGCCUAAAACUUUCUAAUGAAACCCCCAAAAACUUUUUGACAAACAUUAUUUCUGUCGCUCUUGGGGUCAAGAGGGUUCUCGACGUAUUAAUCCGCAUUUUUACCGUAUAAAGGAAAACUUCAGAAUAUGGAGCCCAGUUCCACAGAGGGAGGAGCUGAGGAGACGCUCCUAAAAAAUCAUCCACCAAGUCUUCCUCACAAAGUGAUUCUCAAACAUGGCCAAGAGCUGGAGGAAGAGCAGGAGGAGUUGGCCGAGCACCAGCCUCUAGAGCAGGAAGACCUGAACUUUGAGAGGUGGAAGCGCAGGCCGCUACCCAAGAGGACACUGCACCAGAAAAUAGACGACGUGAAGACGUACCUGUGGAAUGCAGAGACCAAUGAAUUCAUGGGUCGCUCUGGGAAGAGCUGGAGCCUGAUCCUCCUCUUCUAUGCUGCACUUUAUACGUUUCUGGCAGCCAUGUUUGGUGGCUGUAUGUUUUGCCUCAUGUGGUCUAUUAGUCCCUACCACCCCACCUACAAUGAUAGAGUGAUGCCACCAGGUAUGACGAUGGCCCCACACCUAGAGGGCCACGAGAUCGCCUUCAACGCCUCCGAUCGCAAAUCAUGGAAGAAGUAUGCAAGAUCUAUGGACGAAUAUCUACGAUCGUAUAAUGACGGUGUUCAGGAUAGGAAGAACAUUCGCUGCACACAGGACCGAUACUUCAUGCAGGACGACCUGGAGGAGAGCGGAGAGCGGAAAGCGUGUCAGUUUAAGAGGUCCUGGUUGGGGGACUGUUCGGGGCUGCAGGACCCCCACUAUGGCUAUUCUCAGGGAAGGCCAUGCAUCCUCCUCCGAAUGAACCGGAUUCUUGGUUACUUACCAGGCCAGGGCAAACCAAUAAAUGUGACUUGUGGAGUUAAGAAAGGACCCCCUGAAGCUUUGGGAGAUAUCCAAUUUUUUCCCAAAAGCUUUUUUGAGCUGAAGUACUAUCCAUACUAUGGGAAGCAGAGACAUGUAAACUACUCUUCACCGGUGGUGGCUGUGCGUUUUGCAGGAUUGCAGUACGACACUCACCUCCAAAUCUCGUGCAAACUGAACGGAAAGGGUAUCAUUAAUGAUUCACCCACUGACCGCUACCUGGGCAGUGUUACCUUUUCUAUAGACGUCGGAGCAUGAGCAGGAUAAGCUGUGACAAUGAGGCAGAAAAAUGUACAAAAAAAAAAAAAAGUUAUGAUGUACCAUUACUAUCUGUGAAUUAUGAAAUUCCCCUCUCAUCGCCCUUACUUUAUUCUUAAUUUCUUUUGCUGUUAAACAAAUUCCCCCAAGAAGUAGAUAUUUACUCAUGUGUUUUUUGUUUCCUUUCAUUAUGAGUGAGCGUCAACUGCACCCACAACACACAGUGCUUAGCACAGGACAAGUGCAUAUAUAGAGUGUGCUACAAUUCCUGAUAUUUUGUAAUGAUUAGCAAGAUUAAUCAAACUAAAUUCAACUUUGAGCACAGUGAGCAGUUAGCAGUUUUUGCUAUGCAAAUCCAAUUUAUGACUUAAAACAUUAAAGAGCAUUAGAUUUAUUGUUUCUGAUUAGAUUAUGUUUUUGUGUGCAUAUUUCUAUGCAAUAAAGCGUACUAAUUUUUUUUUCAUUAUAUUUUCAAACAUGUAAGAACUCAAAGAACUAUCAUGCAAACACUGAGAGCAGGACUUGUACUGUACUUACACAGUAAGAAAUAAAUGAUUGCAAAUACACUAUUACUAUAUUAUUGUUGAAUAGAGCAGUAUACUUUACAUUUGUGAUAAAGCAUCAGAAGCCACUUCUCUCUUGUUUUGUAAAAACAUUUGCUUUUGAGAAUGAAAUACUACAUGUGACUGAUCAUAAACAGAGAAAUACUGUACUGUGAAAUAGUUUGUAAAAGUUCUUUGCCAUUUAAAAACUAUUGUUGUUAUUGUACUAAUCCUGCCUGAACUGUACUACUAAACAUGGUAUCAAUGUUGUAUUUAUUCCUAUUAUAGUUCCUAUAAUAAAUACAAUGUUCUGUACUGUAAGUUUCCUUUCACAUCGUACAUAGUGUUCAAAAACUUUGUAUACACUUCUAAUCAUUCAGCAUUUUUACUCCUAAUGUUUGGUAAAGAAAUUGCAGUUUGUUUGUGAUAGAAAUAAAGAAACCUUAUUUUUCAGGGGCCACAAAGACA